AUGAUAUACAGCCGUGGUUCUCAUGGGUCUGAAAAACGGAGUCGCGGGAUCAUCUUUGGGCCGUACUUCCACGCCCGCCCGAGGCCCAGGAUCCCGCGGGACCUGGCCAUGUGCGUGACCCCCAGCGGCAGCUUCUACUGCUCCAUGUGCAACAGCGGCGCUGAGCAGGAGCCAGACUUCAGGCAACACCUGGAGAGCAAGCAGCACAAGGCCAAGGUGUCCGAGCUCCGCUACCGCAACGAGAUGGUCACUCUGGGCUAUAGCUAA